AUGCUCUUAAAAUCACUGCUUGUCCUACAAGUUCUUCUUAGAAUUUCGAUUCAGCAUGACGCAUCAGACGCAUAUGCUUUCAUCAAAGACUUCUGCAUGAAGCAAAAUGUAUCUACGAACAUCGUUGCUUAUGUAUGUUGGCCGAGAGAUAGGGUGUUUCAUUUUUGGAAAAAUCUGUCAGAAGAUUAUCCAACGUUAGUGCUGAGCAAAAGUGAUUUGAUACAUGAUCUCAAAGAAGAACAACAUCAGUUGUACUUUUUAGACAUGAAAUGUGCUGGAAGUGAACACGUUUUGAAACAAGCUCACGACAGCGACCUCUUCAGAGAUCCCAUAAGAUUUAUUCUUUGGACACCUACGCAUGACCAACUGUAUAGGUAUUACUUCAGAGUUGACAGUAGAGUGUAUACUGUGACAAAAGUUAAUGAUAAAUAUAUGACGCGAUCUGUAUACAGAAUUGGGGAAAAUACUAAAGAAAUGUUAGAAAAUUUUGUUGGUACUUAUGAUCCAACACAAGGAUUUACAACGUUUUCAGACAUCGCGAUGUUGAGCAGGUCUAACCUUGGAGGAUUGGAGAUGAAUGUUACUUUCGUAGCAACGGAUUCUGAGACAUUGGAACACUUAGAAGAUUACAGACAAAAACAUAUAGAUCCCUUAACAAAAGUGAAUUGGAUUAGAGUUGGACAUCUUCUAAAUAUGUUCAACAUAACUGCAAAUAUGAGAUGGGUGAAUACGUGGGGAUAUCGUGAUCUUGAGACAAACAAAUUUUCUGGCAUGCUGGGCGAUCUGCAGAAUGGAACUUCUGAGUUUGGAGGUACCCAAUGUUUUUAUACGCCCGACCGAAUAGACUACGUAGAUUACAUACCUGCUUGGACACCAACAUUCAUGAAAUUUAUAUUCAGAUCUGAUACAGAGCCUCGUAGUAGCGCAGGUCGAACAGCUUAUUUUAUAGCAUUGAUCUCUUUGAUGUUUCUUUAUACAUCCUAUUCGGCGAACAUUGUAGCUCUCCUACAAUCUACUACUGAAAAUAUUAGAACACUAGAAGACCUGCUAAACUCCAGAAUGACCUUGGGAGUUCACGAUGUCGUGUAUAAUCAUUAUUAUUUUGAGCAUGCUCAAGACUCAAUACGAAAGGCUAUUUACCAACAGAAAGUAGCACCCAAAGGACAAAAGGCUAAAUUCAUGUCUUUGGAAGAAGGCAUAUCCAGAGUUCGCAAUGAGUUUUUUGGUUUCCACUCCGAACUAUCGGUUGCUUAUAAAAUCGUGGCUGACACUUUCAGGGAAAAUCAAAAGUGUGCUUUGAAGGAGAUACCUUUUAUUAACAUGCUGGAUCCACAUAUGGUCAUCAGAAAGAGGUCUGCCUACAAAGAGUUCAUGAAAAUAGGUUCUCAAAGGAUCCUUGAAUCAGGCAUUCAAAGAAGAGAAGAAGACAAAAUCUAUAUGAAGAAACCUGUAUGUCACUCGAAAGGAAGCAACUUUGGAAGUGCAGGAAUUAUUGACUGUUAUGCUGCUUUUGUCAUAUUUGGAAUUGGUCUAGGCAUUAGUUUCAUUAUUUUUGCAAUGGAACUGAUUUAUCGCAAUUACAAGGUGAAAAAGGCGAACGAUAGAGAGAAACAAGAAAGAUUUGCAAAUUAAUCUACGACUAGUGAACACCAGAAUCUCGUAGUGUUAAUUAAUCUGAUUUUUUUUAACAGUAGUAAAAUAGAUUUCUCUUCG